AUGGGAGUGGGCAUAUCAUUUCUGGGUGGAUUGCAGGCCACAGUUUUUUUCCUCUUCUUCGCAUUCCUCAGAAGCUUCGGCUUCGCAUUGUUGUCCCUACCUUUCUUGUACGCGUCUCUCGUGUCUUUGCUCGUCUCGCUCGCUUCCCACCCAUCGAUCAACCUCCCUCAGCUUCUGGGCAAGAACCCAGAUGGGUCUCUCCCAGUCUGGUCGAUCGUCGUCUUCAGUCCUUACUUGUGCUUCGCCUGGGCUUUCUCCGCAAUCAGGAGGCUGAGGAGCGGGGAGGAUCCAUACAGCGAGAUCUGCGAGGGCGUGUACGUCGGCGGGUGGCCGUCUUCGCUCGACAAGUCGCCCCCCGGCGACCCGGCGAUCGUCGACUGCACCUGCGAGUUCCCGCUAAGGCCCGAGCUGCGCGGGCGCGCGUAUUUCUGCGUCCCGACUUGGGACACGCGGUCCCCGGGGCCGGGGGAGAUUGAGUCCGCCGUGAAGUGGGCGUGCGGGAAGAGGGCGCGGAACAGGCCUGUGUUCGUUCAUUGUGCCCAUGGUCACGGACGGAGCGUGGCGGUGUCAUGUGCUCUGCUGGUGGCUCUUGGGGUUGCAGAAGACUGGAAAACCGCCGAGAGGAUCAUCAAGGGGAGACGUCCUUACAUCCGGAUGAACACGCUCCACCGGAAAGCGUUGGAAGAAUGGUCGAAGCGCCGGCUUUCUUCUCCCAAGAAGAAACAGUAG